CAUUUUUUGUUUCUCAAGUAUAAACAGGACAGCUGCUCAGUUUUUGUGCUUCUCCUCUGUAUCUCAUUCUUCCUCCAUAAUUCCACCCCGUCUCUCUCUUAAUCUUCUUCAUCUAUUCAUUCUUCUUUGCCGGCUCUUCUGGUUGGAGCUUCUUCCUUUGUGCCUUGUCCUGCCCCUGGGCUUAAGGGGGCUCAUGAGGAGGCUAGUAGUUGUGCUAUUAGUUUUAGCAGUUGCUAAUGCUGUAGGAGUCGAUGGAGCCAGUUAUGAGAAUUGCAAAUAUGAGAGGAGUUUGAACCAAAGGCCGCACAGUGUUUCUAUAACGGAUUUUGGUGCUGUCGGAGAUGGGGUGACACUAAAUACACUCGCCUUUCAGAAUGCCAUCUUCUAUUUGCGGUCAUUCGCCGACAAGGGCGGCGCUCAACUUUAUGUUCCUAAAGGAAGGUGGCUGACUGGAAGUUUCAACCUCACCAGCCACCUCACCCUCUUUUUGGACAAGGAUGCUGUUAUAAUUGGCACUCAGGAAUCAUCUCAGUGGCCUAUUGUUGAGCCGCUACCUUCAUAUGGCCAAGGCCAGGAUCUUCCAGGUGGAAGGCAUCGUAGCUUGAUAAAUGGGCAAAACUUGACAGAUGUAGUGAUAACAGGUGAUAAUGGAACCAUUGAUGGUCAGGGUUCAGUUUGGUGGGGGUGGCUCCGUUCUCACACAUUAAACUUUAGCCGUCCUCACCUUGUGGAACUUGUGAGUUCCAAUGAUAUUGUGAUUUCAAAUCUGAUAUUUUUGAAUUCCCCUGCUUGGAGCAUUCAUCCAGUAUACUGUGGAAAUGUGGAGGUCCGGAACAUAACGAUCCACACUUCAUCCGAUUCUUCAUUUACCAGUGGUAUAGUUCCAGAUUCAUGCUCAAAUGUAUGCAUUGAGGAUUGCAGCAUUAGUGUCUCACAUGAUGCCAUUUCUCUGAAAAGCGGUUGGGACAACUAUGGAAUCUCUUUUGGAAGACCUUCCUCCAACAUUCACAUCGACAAUGUCCAUCUGCAGACUUCUCUUGGUUCUGCCCUUGCUUUUGGCAGUGAGAUGUCUGGUGGAAUAUCUGACAUACAUGUUCAGCACCUACAUGUCCAUGAUUCUUUCACCGGUAUAAAAUUCAAGACUAUCCGAGGCCGAGGUGGGUUCAUGGAAAACAUAGUCAUAUCGGAUGUGGAGAUGGAAAAUGUUCAGGAGGCUUUUCAAUUCACAGGACAUUGUGGAAGCCACCCUGAUGACCAUUAUGAUCCUGAUGCUCUUCCAGUCAUCAAGCGGAUUACCCUUAAGAAUGUGGUUGGUACAAACAUUUCAAUUGCUGGUGUCCUCUCUGGAAUUGAAGAUGAUCCCUUCACUGCUAUCUGCCUUUCAAAUGUCAACUUUUCUGUCACCUCAGAUCCUUCUGCUUCUUGGGUUUGUUCAUAUGUCUCCGGGUUCUCCGAAUCAGUCUUCCCUCAACCAUGUGCCGAUCUCCAAAUCCCAUACUCAAAUUCUUCUCUCGUGUGCUUCUCGCUUCCAAACUACAGUGCUCUUGCAGCAGCCAAAUGAGAUCUUUUUGCUAUCUUAUCAUUUGCUUCAGUCCCUCUGUACGAUUGAGAGACUUGAGCUUCCAUUACCAUCUUGCCAAUUCUUUUGCCAAUAAAUCCCAAAAAAGUCGGACCAAAGAUUUCCUUUCUAUCACCAUUCAAUUCAUGCUUCUUGGGACUCAAGCAAUUAGUUAUCUUGCACCUUCAAACAGGAAAAAAAAAAGGGUGGGGGGGCCAUCCGAGAUGACAAUGUGCUUGCCUGUACAGCUACAUUUCUUCAUUCAAACUGUAAGAAAAAGUUUUGGUAGUUGUUGGAAUCCAGACAUUGAUUGACACUGUUGCAUUUGCCAUUAAACCAUUAGAAUUUGGUUGAUAUUUGUAUAUUCUAUCCUGUGUGGACAUGAAAAUGAAUUAAAUUAUCUGGGAAUGGGAUAGGAGUGGUUUGUGUAUGCCACAUGGCUUCAUGUUAUUAAAAUAAAUGGGUGGUUGGCUGUUAAAGUUAUAAAAACAGCUUGAUCUAA